AUGGAGCACAAAAUUGACCGGCUAUCCGAGUUGCCGAAACCUAUUGUAGAGCACAUUCUAUCAUUUAUCCCGUUGAAACAAAUACUUCAACUUACUAUAUUGUCCAAGACAUGGCAAAACAUCUGGACUUUAUUCCCUAUUCUGAAACUUGAAGAAAGCUUGGUUUUGUCAGGUCCGUACAACAAGAAGUUCAAUUAUUUUGUGGAGAGAACUUUACUAAGUCGUUGUAGGCAAAAUAUAAGCAUACAAAGAUUUGAGAUUAGAAUAUUGGACAAUAUUGACAAGGAAUGGUAUUGUGCUUGUGUGAACCGUUGGAUUGGCUAUGCAAUUGAAAGCAACGUCAAAGAGUUGAAUAUCUUUGCAUCGCCUAAAAAUUACUAUAAGGUGCCUGAGAGUGUUUUAGUAGCAAAAUCAAUAACUGGGUUGACUUUGUGGGGUUGUAACUUAGAGUCAUUUCGGAGUCAUGAUAUUAACUUAUCCUCCUUGAAAAAGUUGGUUUUGGGUGAAGUUUAUAAUGUGAAUGACCAAAUCAUCAAAACCCUAAUUGCCGGCUCUCCUGUUGUAGAAGAGAUAAAAUUUGCACGAUGUGAUGGAUUGAGAAAUAUACACGUGUCAGGUCUUCCUAAACUGAUGAACAUUGCGGUGGCAUAUAAUGAAGAACUUGAUAGCAUUGAGAUUGAAGCAUCAAAUCUUGAAUCUUUACUUAUUGAGCUUUGCAAACCAUGUCAAAUCAACCUACUCGCAUGUGAAAAUCUAAAGAAGUUAGAGCUAUAUUCAGCCACCGUGACAGAUGAAUGGUUACACGACGUUCUUUCUAAACAUCUACACAUUGAGAGCUUAACCCUACUUCGUUGUGAUAUGUUGAAAAGGAUUAAAAUUUCAAGUGAUCGUAUGAAGAGUUUGACCUUUUAUCGUUGUAGUGAGCUACUUGAAGUUAACAUUGUUACUCCUAACUUACAUAGCCUCGAGUAUUAUGGUGAUGUUAUAUCAUUUUCUUCCAACACUUCAACUCUAUCGGAAGUCAGACUACGAUUUUUGAAUGGUAGUUUUGAUUGGAUCUACAAUGUCGAAAAUAUUGAAUUUCUCACAAAGUUAAAUCAUCUGAAACAAUUGACUUGGAGAGCUCAUUAUGCCAAGGUAUUCUAG